GAAAAUGUGGCGCGAGCCAUACAUACGAUUGUUGUGUGUUGUGUUCAUGGUAACUUUGGGGGUUGGUGACUCCCUGUUUUGCUAGUGUGUUAGCGUCACUAAACAUACGAUUUAUUGCUGAUCGAUUUGGAUCUAUCAAGGAUAUCUUGACUUACACGUGAUCUUAUAACAGUUCGACUUGAUCGGGUCCCGGAAAGGACAGCAUGCCUCGAAGAAAGAGAAAUGCUGGAAGUAGCUCCGAUGCUACAGGCGACUCUGACGACUCAGUAGAACAGGAGAAAACCGACAGCUCGCAAAGUGACGGAAACACCCGAGCCAACACACGGAUGACUCGGGCAUCCAUGCGAUUGAGCCAAAGCUCUCAAGAUGUUCCGCCGGACGUGAAACAAGUGGUGGAGCGGGACGAGUCCCCGCCCAGGACGCCCACGGGCAACGCCCAGUCAUCCGAGUCCGACAUCGACGUGUCCAGCCCCAGCGCCUCGCACGACGAGAGCCACGCCAAGGAGGACCCCUCCCAGAAGGACUCGGACAGCGACCCCUCCCACCGGCCCAAGCGGCGACGCUUCCACGAGAGCUACAACUUCAACAUGAAGUGCCCCACCCCUGGCUGCAACUCGCUGGGUCACCUAACUGGGAAGCACGAGAGACACUUCUCCAUCUCCGGCUGUCCUCUCUACCACAACCUGUCAGCAGACGAGUGCAAGCCGGUGCAGGUGAAGGCGAUUGACAGAGAUAAGGAGGAGGAGGAGCGCAGCCAGACUACAACGGAGGAGAGCAGACACGCCACCCGACACCAGGCCCCCACCCCUCGGCAGGUGCGCUACAAGGAGAAGGUGGUGGAGAUGCGCAGGAAGAGGGACUCCCCCCUGGCCAAGGAGCAGAAGGAGAAGAACAUGGAGCAUCGUCAGAGCCACGGCACCACGCGAGAGCCCCUGCUGGAGAACAUCACCAGCGAGUACGACCUGGAGCUCUUCAGGAAAGCCCAGGCACGCGCCUCAGAGGACCUGGAGAAGCUGCGUCUGCAAGGCCAGAUCACGGAGGGCAGCAACAUGAUCAAGACCAUCGUGUUUGGCCGCUACGAGCUGGACACCUGGUACCACUCGCCCUACCCCGAGGAGUACGCGCGCCUCGGACGCCUUUACGUCUGCGAGUUCUGCCUCAAGUACAUGAAGAGCCAGACCAUCCUGCGCAGACACAUGGCGAAGUGUGUGUGGAAGCAUCCUCCUGGAGACGAGGUGUACCGCAAAGGAGCAAUCUCGGUGUUUGAAGUGGACGGGAAAAAAAACAAGAUCUAUUGCCAGAACCUGUGUCUGCUGGCCAAGUUGUUCCUCGACCACAAGACUCUCUACUACGAUGUGGAGCCCUUCCUCUUCUACGUCAUGACUGAGGCAGACAACACCGGAUGCCAUCUCGUGGGAUACUUCUCCAAGGAGAAGAACUCAUUCCUGAACUACAAUGUGUCCUGCAUCCUCACCAUGCCCCAGUACAUGAGGCAGGGCUUUGGCAAGAUGCUCAUCGACUUCAGCUACCUGCUGUCUAAGGUGGAGGAGAAGGUGGGCUCGCCGGAGAGGCCGCUGUCGGACCUGGGCCUCAUUAGCUACCGCAGCUACUGGAAGGAGGUGCUGCUCAGAUACAUGUACAACUUCCAGGGCAAGGAGAUCUCCAUCAAGGAGAUCAGUCAGGAGACGGCGGUGAACCCUGUGGACAUUGUCAGCACGCUGCAGUCCCUGCAGAUGCUCAAGUACUGGAAGGGCAAACACCUGGUGCUCAAGAGACAGGACCUGAUUGACGAAUGGAAGGCCAAGGAGAACAAGAGAGGGAGCAAAACUAUCGACCCCACGUCUUUAAAAUGGACGCCACCCAAGGGCACAUAGGACAUAGCCUAGACUAGUUCACAUAUUCCCCCUACCAGCAAAAAACAGACAACUCACAGCCACCUACACCCAAAGUGUCAAAGAUCUUCUAUGAAAUGACCCACAGAUUGAAGAUUGAAUUCCAUUCAUCACUAUACAUUUUAUAUUGGCAAACUAUUUCAGAAAUGCAUUGUCACACUUCACUUUUGAUACCAUGGUAUUUAUUUUUUUAAAAAGAGACCAUUUCAUCUCCCAUCAAACAUGUAGGUGAUGUUUGCAGGCCGCAUAAAUUGAUUGUUAAAGCAGC